UGAACUCCUAGGGACUAAGCCAUCAACAAAAGAGUACACAUGGCUCCAGAUGCAUAUGUUGCAGAGGAUGGCCAUAUCAUGCAUUGAUGGAAGAGGUCCUUGAACCUAUGAAGGUUCUAUUGAUGCCCCAGUGUAAGGGAAUCGAGGGCAGAGAGGUGGAAGUGGGUGUGUGGGUUGAGCAACACCCUCACAGAAGCAGGGGGAGGGAGGAUGAGAUGGGGGUUUCCAGGAAGGGGGGAAGCAGGAAAGGGGAUAACAUUUUAAAUUUAAAUAUAGAAAAUAUCCAAUACAAAACAUUUUGAACAAACAACAAAAAACUCACAAAAACAACAACAACAAAAAAAAGAAAUUAAAAGUUGUGUUCAUAGUGAAGGCCUCAUUUCUUCUUUGUGUUCCCAGCAACACCAGUGCAGGGUUUCUGGCCCUAAACACCUCAGCCUCGGCAAUGGCACCCACAACAACAAAUCCAAUGAACGAAACCAUCCCUGGAAGUAUUGACAUCGAGACCCUGAUCCCAAACUUGAUGAUCAUCAUCUUCGGACUGGUCGGGCUGACAGGAAAUGUCAUUUUGUUUUGGCUCCUGGGCUUCCACUUGCACAGGAAUGCCUUCUUAGUCUACAUCCUAAACUUGGCCCUGGCUGACUUCCUCUUCCUUCUCUGUCACAUCAUAAAUUCCACAAUGCUUCUUCUCAAGGUUCACCUACCCAACAAUAUUUUGAACCAUUGCUUUGACAUCAUCAUGACAGUUCUCUACAUCACAGGCCUGAGCAUGCUCAGUGCCAUCAGCACUGAGCGCUGCCUGUCUGUCCUGUGCCCCAUCUGGUAUCGGUGCCGCCGCCCAGAACACACAUCAACUGUCCUGUGUGCUGUGAUCUGGUUCCUGCCCCUGUUGAUCUGCAUUCUGAAUGGAUAUUUCUGUCAUUUCUUUGGUCCCAAAUAUGUAAUUGACUCUGUGUGUCUGGCAACGAACUUCUUUAUCAGAACAUACCCGAUGUUUUUGUUUAUAGUCCUCUGUCUGUCCACCCUGGCUCUGCUGGCCAGGUUGUUCUGUGGUGCUGGGAAGACGAAAUUUACCAGAUUAUUCGUGACCAUCAUGCUGACCGUUUUGGUUUUUCUUCUCUGUGGGUUGCCCCUGGGCUUCUUCUGGUUUCUGGUGCCCUGGAUUAACCGUGAUUUCAGUGUACUAGAUUAUAUACUUUUUCAGACAUCACUUGUCCUAACUUCUGUUAACAGCUGUGCCAACCCCAUCAUUUACUUCUUUGUGGGCUCCUUCAGGCAUCGGUUGAAGCACAAGACCCUCAAAAUGGUUCUCCAGAGUGCAUUGCAGGACACUCCUGAGACACCUGAAAACAUGGUGGAGAUGUCAAGAAGCAAAGCAGAGCCGUGAUGAAGAGCCUCUACCUGGACCUCAGAGGUGGCUUUGGAUUGAGCACUGCCCUGCUGCACUUGACCACUGUCCACUCUCCUCUCAGCUUACUGACUUUGGAUGCCUCAGUGGUCCAA